UAGUUCGCCUGUGUAGAGCAGCUAAGAGCCAGGUACAGGUGUCCACUCGGAUACUGUAGUAGUUUCUCCGGGAAAUCUAGUCAUGUUAAAACACAGCCUAUUUUUGUUCACUUUUGGACUAACUUUAACUGGAAAACCCUCUUGGAUAAAAGGUGUAUCUUCUGAACAGACAUCCAGACUUUCUACAUUAGAAAUAAUUAUUCCUCAAAGUCUGACGGGCAGAGAGAAACAUCACCCAUUUUUUCAUGAGGAGCGUUCAGAUGACAAUCUUUCUUACUCAGUUAAAACCAGAAAUGGAACAUAUCUCCUAAAACUGAAGAAAAAUAAAAAGCUUGUUAGCGAAGACUUUAUGCUAUAUACAUAUGGGAAAAAUGGGGAACUGGAGGCAACACAAUCAAAAACCAAGACACACUGUUAUUAUCAUGGCACUAUUGAAGGGAUUGCUGACUCGAUGCUUGCUCUUAGCACAUGCGAUGGCCUUAGAGGAAUUCUCUACAUUGGUGGCAAAUGGUAUGGAAUAGAGCCGCUCAACACAUCCAGCACAUCUGAACAUGUGUUUUACCCAUUAGAAGAUAUGCGGGAUAUCCCCUUCCGAUGUGGUGUGCUGAAUGGCAGCCUUCAUCACAAGAUGUUUGUGAAGCAGUCGGUGAAAUACCCAUUUUUAUCAAACAGUACCUCUAGCAGGGAAAAGCUUUUGAGGAAGCGGCGAGCUGUCCUGCCACAGAAAAGCUAUGUGGAACUAUUUAUGGUUGUGGAUAACAACAGGUUUUUGCUGAAGAAAUCUGAUCCUGCUGUGGUGCAAAAGGAAACGGUUGAGCUGAUUAAUUAUGUUGAUGGGAUGUAUAGGGCAUUAAACAUCCAGAUUGUUUUGGUUGGAUUAGAGAUCUGGACAGACACAAACCACAUAUCUGUAAUGGAUGGUUCAGCUGGAGAUGUACUGAGUAGAUUUGUUUCCUGGAGACAGAAAGAUCUUCUUAAACAAUCACGAAAUGAUGUUAGCCAUCUCAUAAUAGGGAGAGGCUCUUAUGAUGGAUCCAUUGGAAUGGCUUUUGUAGGUACUGUCUGCUCACAAGUCCAGGGAGGGUCAAUCAGCACUUUGAAUCAUAACAAUGUGUUACGUCAUGCUACAGUAGUUGCACAUGAAUUGGGGCAUAAUCUCGGAAUGAAACACGAUGAUAAAAGAUGUCCUGCAUCCUAUAUUAUGCACAGCACAGAUAAUGGAUCCAGGAAUUUCAGCACCUGCAGUGCUGAUGAUUUUGAGAACCUUAUUCUAAACGGAGGAGGAAACUGCCUUAGAAAUCCACCCAAAACAAGUAAUAUUUACAAAGAACCUGUGUGUGGUAAUAACGUGGUCGAUAACAAUGAAGAAUGUGACUGUGGCAAACCACAGGAAUGUACUAACCCUUGCUGUGAUGCUGCAACCUGCAAACUCACACCUGGAUCACAAUGCGCUCAAGGACUGUGCUGCAAAAAUUGCAAGUUUAAAGUGGCAGGAGCAGCGUGCAGACCAAAAAUGGAUUUCUGUGAUCUACCUGAAUACUGCAAUGGAAGCAAUGCCUACUGUCCAGACGACGUUUAUAUCAUGAAUGGUUAUCCAUGCGACAACAUGAAGGCAUAUUGCUACUAUGGAGUAUGCCAGAGUUUUGACUCACAAUGUGAAUCUAUAUAUGGAAAAGGGGCACGAAAAGCACCUGAUGUAUGCUUUGAAAAAGCAAAUAUUAAAGGAGAUAGGUUUGGAAACUGUGGAAUGAGAGGUGGAGUGUACAAGAAAUGUCCCGUUCAGCAUAGUCUGUGUGGCAAGCUCCAGUGCACAUCUGUUAGUCUUCAAAAUCUUCCUGCUUGGAGUGUUGUCAAUAACGCAUCUGGUGUUUUAUGCUGGUCUUCUGACUUUGACUUAGGAUCAGAUGUCCCUGAUCCUGCUCAAGUUCAUGAUGGAACAGCCUGUGGAGAAAAGAAGGCCUGUGUAGAUUUUCAAUGUGUUGAUGCAAGUCAUUUGGGCUACAGCUGUGAUGUAAAGCAGAAGUGUAAUGAUAAUGGGGUGUGCAACAACAAUGGUAACUGCCACUGCAAUUCUGGAUGGGCACCUCCAUUCUGUGACCGGUCAGGCUACGGCGGCAGUGUUGACAGUGGUCCAGCUCACAUAGAUACAUCACUUCGCGAUGGUCUGCUUAUUUUUUUCCUCCUUGUGUUGCCACUAGUAAUCGUUACUGUAUUAGCAGUAAUUAAGCGUGAUGCAAUAAGAAGAAAGUUUUGCAGGAAAAGUAGAAGACAACACAGGGAUAACACUGUGGAGCAACCAAAGCAAAACAACAGACCAAGUCAUAACACAAGAAAUAAUCAGCCUGCCACGUCAAGUCCUGAUUUUUUUACCGUAUCGCAUUUUCCUGGCCCAAGGCAGCCAGUACAAACCCAGUCGCCUGCAGUUCCUUCAGGACCUCAAAGACCCGCAGUCCCACCGAGACCAGCCAUCUGAAAAGUUUCUUGGGAACCCUCAUCAAUUCUGACAAGUAACUGCUCUGAAAAAAAUUAAAGAUUGCAAUCCUCCAGUCCUCUCCUUGCACAGCCAAAACGCCUUCUGAAAGCAUGUACCUCUGGAAAAGACUUGAUGCUAAGAGGCACUGAACACAGACGUUAUCCCAUUAUUUUCCUAAUUGCUGCUGGCUGUAUUUCUGUCUUCUACCUCACCUCUUGUUUUUUUUAAAUCAGAAGCCUGAAGUUCAACUCUUGUUAGAUUAAAUUUGUAACAGCAUCAGAGAACAGGACUCUUCUGAAGUGCAGCCUUACUUGCAGGCCAAAGAGAAGCGAAUUCAGUUAUUUACAGACAUAAUUUAUUCACCUCUAGUCAUAUGCAGCUGUGAAAAUGAGAAUACAGACUGACCUCUUGGGAAGUCUGCAGUCUGCCUACCUCCUGGACCGUCCCCUCAGCAGUGUGCCACCGGCUGAAUGCGGCUAUACCCCGCAUGCCAGGCUCACGGACAGCUCCUAUGCGUCGCUCUGAGCCUUGCCUUCUGUGCAACCCUAUCAAAGCUGGGAUCCAGAUCCUGCCUCUCAUUACCUACUAGCUGCAUGUUACUUUCCAGUUCAGGUAGUCUGGAAAAGUAACCUCACGUAGGGAUACUAGCAAUGGAAAGAAACUCUGUAGAUGAUGUGUCUAAGAGAAAAAAGCCAUCUCUACUGUUAUAGAAAAUGUGGUGUAUCAGGAAAUACAUUAUACAACUUAA